UAGGGCUCAUUGCCAGCACUAAUGAAGUAUACUCUCAUAAUCAAGCCACUUGUACACAUGCCAUGUCUCUUGCUGGGGUGAUCCAAAUAAUAGUCAAUCUGACAUUAACUGUGGCAGGGCAUUGUUUCACAGCAUACUGUGCCAUUCCUUUUGCAGUUGCUGACACAGCCUCAGGGUUGGCAACCCGAUACCAGCUGGAGAGGAGCAACAUCUUGAUGAGUGAGGACCGCCAGCAUUAUGCUGAACCACCUGAGGGGUACCUGAACCAUUGCCGACCUGGAGUACUGGCCAUUUGUCCAGCCACCCACACCACCUCACCUGCCUCAGCACCUUGUACCUGGAUGAGUGGAAAAGCCACUCAACGCCUGUGCUGCAGGAAAGCCAUCCUGGGCACACCUGAGGAUGCAUGGGACUGGGACCACUAUCACCAUCACUGGUUGUACAGUGUAACCAGUGAGCAGCACCCCACCUCACACUGCAGCCGAGGUGACCAAUCUGAGACAUCUGAACUCAUCAUCCAUGGCCUUGGUGAGGUAGCCACAUCAGAGGGUUGCUCCCUCAGAACUGACUCAUAUGAACUUCUGCCGACCACCAGACAUGCCGGCGAGAAUCACCUUGAAAAAGGGUGAUGACAAUGCCAAUCCCUAAGGCCUUGGUCCUCAGACACACCAACACCAUCCCAGGCCUCGAGUUGCAGAGCCUACAGUAGAUGUUAAUAUGAGAGUUCUAUUCCACUCACUAGAGACAUAGUUUCAAGCAGAGAAAUAAGUACAUUUUCAACCAAUAGUCUCCAAAAAAAAAAUCAAUUUAAUUUAAUUUAAUUUAGAAUUUAUUAAAUAAAUCAAGAAAAUUGGAUUUUACUUGGAGACCAAAAGUCUCCAUUUUAAUUUGAUUUAGAAUUUAAUUUUUAAUUUUUUAAUUUUUUAUUAGAAUUUUAAAUUUUAAAAAAUUAUGAAAAUUCUCUCAUUUCAGAUCUUAUCCGUUAUGUGCCAAGAAAUGUACUCCCUCCAAUUUCUACUUUGGUGUAGUUCUAGUAGUUCUAAUUUUCGCUACUAGGCUGCGUUACUAUCGCACUUCCAUCGUUUAGCGGGUAAUGAGAAUUCAAUUUGAAAUCUGUAAAUUGGAAGAAAACUUGAAAGGUGUUUAUCAGGGCAUCAGGGGUGAUUUCUACUACGGU